AUGACAUCCUUCGGCAACAUCCUACGUCAGGCUAUAUUCAACGUCGAGUAUUGUGCUCCCUCGCCACCACUCUCGCCCUCACUCUCGCCCGGAUCGGAGGAAGGCUUCGCCAUAGAGGAUGUGGCUGGCUCCGAGUUCCCUCUAUCAUUUGCACGCCAGGAAAUCACCGGCAAUGAACUUGGCAUUGAUCCUCACCCAGCUGCUCGACCAGCUGGAUCGCGUGAGAGUGUGGCAAGUGGCGAUGGGCAGGUGGGACCUGACGAGCUGGUACACGAGUACCAUCCGGCUAUCCAGAAAUGGAUCUAUGAAGUUCAGAAAGCCCAUGACCGGCUUGGGGGUUGGUCUGCAACGCGAGAGGAGUUUAUAGAAAAUGCACCCCUACCCCCCGAUGAUCCUCGAGUUUUUGCAGUUGCGGCGUUCCUCCUUAUCAGUAGUCCCGCAUGGCCAGCGCACUGGCUUAUUUGGUGUUCCGAGAAGAGGGAAGAGAGUUGGAGGAGAAUGUGGGAGGAACUCAGUGCGUGUACCGUCCUCUCAACUAUCAUAGUAAAGCUGACACGACCUCCAUGGGGCGGUCUAACAGAGCGAAGUCCUCGCAGAAUAGUCGUCCCGAAUUCAGAACCUUAUAGUUCCCGGAUAACGAGUCUUGAUGACGUGCUAGACAGACAGAGCCGUGCUUGGGAGCUUGUACCUAGGGCGUGGUACACUCCGCUGAUUACCUAUCGCGAAAUGCCGGCAAAAGCCCCAGCUCCAGAGCCGCCCCAGGUAGCAACAAAAGCUACAAGGAAAUCAAAGGUAACGUCACGGAAGAAAAAGUCUGCGAAAAGAAAACGAGAAGCUGGGAAAGAGGGUGAGGACGGCGACGACGCACAAGUCAUCAGGCCACCCGUCAAGAGGACAAAACGAGAACCCCCACCUCCUUCCGAUCGAGUUCUCAAGUCAAUGGCGAAGGCCACAGCUACUUCCAGCGUAAUUGCCAAUCUCGAACCUCUGCAACUAAGGGAGAACGAGACGUCCUCAGACGCUAAUGGGGUGGAAAAUGAUCAUCAGGGGAAAGAUGUCGACACUAGUCCGCAGGCAGACGUUCAAGUCGAGGAGACCGGACCUAAUGCCCCGCAAGUUACUGUAUCCCCUCCUGCCCAGGAACGCGAGUGGAACACCUGUGCCAAGAAGGCAAAGGUGAUCAAGGUGCCACGGGCGCCGGAACGACAAAGUGCACGUCUGCGGGGUGUCCCAAAGGACUCCGGAUUACCGCACUUACAACCUUCUUUGACGCCGUCGACUGGGAGUACAACUCUCGUCGGGUCUGAAAUCACGCCCGCCGUGGACAGUGGAGCCAGGAGCGACAGCAAGGCCGACGGAAAGAGCAAGGCAUUAUCCGCCAUCUCCGAGGAGGAGCUUCACAAACAACUCGAGACCGUGAAUGAUGGCGAUGCUGAGGAGGAGCGUCAGGUCGUCCUCAAGCUCGAAGAUGAAGGGGAGUCCGAAGUUGAUGUGGUCGAGGAAGCCAAGCCGGUCUCAGAGAAGGCCGCGAGACAAUCCACGAAGUCCAAGGGCAAGGCCAAGGCUAAAGAAAGAGUAGCCACCAAGGUAAGCCCCACACAGCCGGGCAUAGCGAAGAAGUCAGAGCCAAGGAAGGUCGGCGCUCGAAAGAGCAAAGAGAAGGGCAAAGCUGAGGCAUCCGCCGUAAACCAACGCAGAGUCAACGCCGUGUGUGAAGAUGCGCAGGACAAGGAGAGUUGUCCACCAAACACAAAAACGCGUCGACGGACAACCAGUGUUCACAAGUGGAAAGACAGUGUCGCUGCCCCUUCCACUGCGGCUUCCACUGGGAAAACCUCGGACGCCCUACCAGAGGUCCAAGAGCAAACUGGGAGAAUCACGCGUUCUGCCUCUGCCUCGGUCCCUAGAGCCGCUCCCGAGACGGAGAGUCUCAAGAUAAAGAUACCUCCUCUGUCGUCACGUCCAGUGCCAGCCAGACGGUCGAAAGAGAAGACACAUGGGAACCCUGCCACUCGCCAAAAGCGUGAGACGGGGGGGAGGAAGAAAUUUUCGAUUUUGCCCGAAGCGUCCCGGAGACUCAAAUCUCAGGUGCCACUAGUCAUUGCCGGUGCGGAUACCCUGCAGUUUGCCAAUGGCAUCCGUUCCGUACUAACUUGGCCAUUGUUGGACUCCUUAAUGCCCUCUGUACUAGCAAUUGCGGGUGGGGUCCUGACCAAGUUAAAGGAGUAA